CCCUAGCAGCUGUGUCAUAGAAAAAAAAAAACAAACGCGUUACCUACAAGCCGACAAUUUGAACAAUUAAAUAUUAAAGCCAAUAUGCCACUGCUAGAGAACAUUGAAGCCAUGACAGUAAACACGCCACCAGCUCCAACGGCAGAAGCGGACGACCCACACCAGGGGCAGCCCGUACGCGAGCUAACACAAACGGAUCACCUAAAUAAACGCUUGUUGAAAUCGUUGCUGGAUUCGAUGCAAUCCGCAAUCGAACCGCAGGAUGAGUCAACUGAAACCGAAUCAGGGGGCAGCGACUUCGAAGAUUGAAACAUUUAUAUAUACACUUAAUUUUUAAAUCAAAGUUUUGGUCACAAUUUAACUAAAACUAAUAAAAAUAACUAUUUGAUCUUAAAGCAUUGAUGUGUUUCCAACAAUGCAUUUUAAA